AUGUCCGAAGCGCGCCUCCCUACCGUUCAGAUCAUCCGUCCGCACCUUCCCUCUUCAUCACGCUUCCUCCUCCUCACGUUUCGGACGGUAGCACGGCGAUUUCCGCCUGUAGCGCGCUCAGCCGUCCCCUCCCCCCUCCCUGUCUCGUCGCGCGCGCAUUGCGCUCCUGCCGCCGCGCACGCUAAGCACCGUCCAGCAGCGCGCGUGCCUGCCCUUCCUUGCGGUGCGCUCUGCCCUUCCUCAAUCCGCCCCUUCCCUCACCCUCCUCCUCCUUCCCUCUCUCCUUUGUGCUUCCCCCAAUACCUCACCUCUUCCUCCUAUUUUCUCUCCCCAUCUGCUGCGGCUCGUAGCUCCUUGUGGCGCGCCCUGCCCUUCCCACAAUCCGCCCCUUCACCCUCCUCCUCCUCCCCUCUCUCCCACUACUGUUUCCUCCUCCUCAUGGCGACCUCUCUCGCCCUCCCCUCCCUCCCUCUGCUGGUCCUUCAGCUUGCGCCCGAUGGCAGUGCAGUCAACUUCCCUAGUUGGCUGAACUGUCUUGAGCGCACGCUGUCUGGCACCCUCGUGAGUGGCUUUAACCUAUGGUUUGUCACCCAGCAGAGUGGUUCUGGCGCCAUUCCCACCUCUCCCUCUGGACCCACCUCUUCCUCUUCUGACCCCUAUGCUGAUGGCCUCCGUGCUGCCAUUGCUGAAACUGAGCGGCUUGUGACCACGGCGCAAGCCACCGCCACGGCUGCUCCUGACAAUGCUGAUGCCCGUGACUUAGCUCGUAUUCUUGCUGAGUCCCUCGAGAGCACCCGCAAGCGCCUCACUGAGCACCUCGCUACCCCUUCUCCUCGCUCUGCGUCUACGCCCAUUUCCUCUGCUCCGUCUCACUCUGACCUUCUCGCUGACUGGCAUGUUGCCAACGCACGUGCCUGUCAGGUCAUCCUUGCCUGCCUCCCUCCAACUCUUCUCCCUCAGUGCUCGCACAUCCGCUAUGCCAAGGACCUUCUCGGCUAUCUUACCGAGCGCUUCCAGUCGCAGACUCCUAUCAGUGUCAUUGCCCUCUUACGCGAGCUCACCUCUCUUCGUCUUGCUGACUUCACCACCAUGGCGGACUACAUCGCUCGUGUGCAGACGCUGUCCUCCCAACUUGCCUCUCAAAAGUUUGAACUUUCCGACCAUGAGCUGGGGAUACCAUGA